AUGACUACCCGUCACGAAAGUGGUAGAUACCGCCGGGGAUCCGUCGACGUUGAAUUCGACCAUCGGGAUAGAGAUUAUCAUGGCCCAGGUUUCUACGAGCACGAUCAUGAAUACCGCGAGGUUGACGUCUACAAUCCUGACCGCGAGCGUGGUCGUGAGCGUGGCGGAGAAUUAACUCGAUUCUACGAGCGGGAGAAUCGGUCGUCUGGUGCUUUGGUCCCAGUCCGCCAGGAAAAGAUUAUCGAGCGCGACCUCUACGAAGUCCCACCAGAACCUGAACCAAUCAUCCCCAUCCGCGAGGUUGAGAUCGAUAAUGUUAUCAAGGUUACCGAGCAUGAGCAUGAGCAUGUUCAUCAUCACAACCACAUCCAUAUCGACCAUGCUGCCAUUCAUAUUGUCGCUGAGCCACCAUGCCCACCCCCACCACCACAGCGACGCGAGGUUAUCGCUGAGCGUGAGACACUAUUACAAGUUCGUGAGCGACGAUAUGGCGGAAAGUGGAACGCUACUGGAAGACUCAGUCUCGACAAAGACUAUCAUCUUGACCAUCAUCAUCAUGACCAUCACGAACACCACCACGAGGAUCAUUCCAGGAGCCGAAGUGAAUCCCGGGACCGUGAAGUAAAACGCACCAUCGGUUACGGCCGCUAUAGAGAGCGUACUGAGGGCGAACAACGUUACUCAUCUCCCCGGAAUUCUUCUGGUGCUCUCGUUCCUGCAUCCCCGCGAGGAUCCGGCUUCUUUAAGGACUUCAAGGCCGAGCAAGAAGGCUGGACUGUCAUCGAUGUUCCCGGCUCUGGACGCAGAAUCACCCUCGAAGGUAACGCUGACGUAUCCUGGAACUCAUCAUCUUUCAACGCCAAUGCCGGCAUCCGUCGCUCUAGCAAGCAUCGAGAGCGUACAGCUAAGGGUGAGCUUUGGACCGAGGUCACUAAGGAUCUUGUCUGUGCUGAGGCCCUCGACGAAUUUGGUUACAAUUUCGAAGAAACCGAUAACUUUGUCUACGUCUUCGAUUACCUCCACCGCGAUCAAAUCCAGGACUUGAUCGAACUCACAAAGGACAUUCGGCGUGAACGUGUUCGGGAAAUCGAACGAGACGCACGCUACGAGCGUUCCCAAAGCCGCCCGAGAGAUAGUGGUGGCUUCUAUGAGCGUGAUAGGUUUACCGAGAAGCGUGACUAUACCCCCUAUGGUGAACGUGAUCGAGUUAGAGACACACGUGAAGCCAUCUAUUACUAG